CUGAAGCUGCGAGGAGGAGAAAGUUCAGAUAUUUGUGUUCAGAUGUAGAGAGGAGAAGUCACAGAGACACUCGACUAUGAUAACAGAGUAUUUGUCUAGUUACUUUCUGCCUCUGGCUGCAGAACCCGAGGUUCUCCUGCAGAACGUGGCACUGUAACGAGAUGAAUCACCUGUUGGACCUUCAGAAGGAUCCAUUUGUAUUUGGGUCUCAGUACCAACUCUUAAAAUGAGACUUUUCCUACAGAUUGGACCUUUAAUGUGGAGGCUGAUUGGUGAUUUCAAAUCAAUAUUCCAAAAUAAGAGCAUGCUGAUUGUACCGACAGACUGUGCUCACACACACACACACACACACACACACACACACACACACACACACACACACACACACACACACACACAUCCUUUCUCCUCGCUGUCCGGACACACGAGGACGUUUUUAAUUCGCCUCCAUGUCUGGAUGAAGUGGAUCAAUCAUCCUGAUCAGUUUGGGUGAAAACUGCUGAUCAGUCACUCAUUUUCAGAACUACAGGAACCAGAUCUGUGGUUCGUCCUCACUCCGGUAUUUGUCACAUCCCCCUUUUUCAGCCUCCACGGGACCGUCUGCAGCGGCGCGCGGCGCGUUUUGGUCAUUUUUUGGACACUUCCUGCUUUCUGAGCUCGAGCUGCAGCGUGUGUGUGCGUCCCGUCGACCGAGCCCGGAGCUUAACGGGGCUGCUGGUGUCGCAGUUGGCGUGUAUUUUAGGGACUACAGCUGCUAUAUCGCGAUAUCGUUAAGUAGGCUAUUGGUCGCACGAGCGGGGAGGAAAUGAGGCGUCGCGCUGCGCUUUGAGGUGCCAGAAGAAGAAAAAGACACACAGGAUUCAAACAGGUGUCCGGCCGCCUCCCAUCAGCCUGCAGGAGGAGGAGGAGGACAGAGAGGAAGAGGAGAAGGAAGAGGGAUGUUCUGAAUAUCUACCAGGAACCAUUCCGCUGAUUUCGGGACGUGUCGUUGUGUGUCUGUGCACCGUGCGCUCCCUCGGCUCCGCGGGGAUGGAGACCCGGCAGCAGCACCAGGAGGAACCCGCGUUUUAAAGACCCUGAGAGAAAAACAGCCUGACUGUAGAGAUAAAGAGGGUUGGAGAGACAGGAGGAAGAGGAGGUGAUAGAGGAGGAGGGGGAGGCGGUGACCGACGUCCCCCACGGGACAGGCCGAGCGACCCACGCUUCUAACAGGUGUGUCUGAGGAGGCUCCAGCCUGCACCGCCCGCCUGCACCGCCCGCCUGCACCGCCCGCCCCGGCCGCUCUGCCUCCCUCAGUCUCAUUGUUCGCGGUGACAGGAGGCUGAUCCGGAGCUCAGCUGGACCGUUUUGGCAUCUCGGUGAGCGCUUAUUCUGUUUCUUCGUCUCCUUCUUCUUCCUCGCAGCAGCUCUCCAUUGGUGCGUAAUAGCAGCGAGGAGGAAGGACGUCAGGAUCCUUCUGACACGCUGAUCCAGUCAACCGCCCGGACUUUGGUGUGUGGAUCGUUUCUUUUUUCUGCGAGGAAUGGAGAAUUUUAACGGGCCGGUCUGAUCCCGUCAGAGCUUCAGUGGGGGGGAAAAGACGUUUGAAGAUUUGGUUUUUGUUUUUUUCCUCGCCGGGUUUGGACAGCUCGCCCCCUGCUGAGGAGGCAGCAACACGCCGCUUCACCCGGAGUUUAAACAAAAGUGCGUUUUUUUGUUGUUGUUUAUCAUGACAACCAGGAAAGCCAGCAACAGUGCGUCGGACACGGUGAGCACCUCCACCUCCUGCUCCUCCUCCACCCCCACCACCACCACCACCCACCAGCCCCAGCCGAGGAGCCGGAGUCCCAGCAGCUACAGCAGCGGGGUGCCUGCGUCCGACGCGGCGGGCGGAGGGGCGGAGAUGUUCGGCGAAUUUCAGGACUGGUGCCUGCGGACGUACGGGGACUCCGGCAAGACCAAGACCGUGACCCGGCGCAAGUACAACAAGAUCCUGCAGACCCUCCUCCAGGGGGACGAGGAGAACAGCCACGGCGUGUUCCUGCACGAGAAGGGCAACAACCACAUCAACGCCAAAUUCAAAUUCUGGGUCAAGUCCAAAGGGUUCCAGGUCGGGACGCUGCAGGACGCCAAGAACGGCGCGCCGGACCGACCGGUUCUGUUCGUCCCCAUCAAGGCGACGUGUGUGGACAGCGUGUCGGGCGUGGACUCGUCCCUGAAGCGCGUGGCGGUGGUGGAGGAUUUCUUCGACAUCAUCUACGCCAUGCACGUGGAGAUCAGCACGGAUCCCGGCAAAGCCCCGAAACACGCCGGCCAGAAGAAAACCUACAAAGCUAUAGCGGAGACGUACGCCUUCCUGCCCAGAGAGGCGGUGACUCGUUUCCUGAUGAGCUGUGGAGAGUGUCAGAAGAGGAUGCACAUCAGCACCGCAGGACAGGACUGCAAAGAGAACGACAGACCGAGCUCUCUGGUGUUGGAGGUGAUAGACUACAACAUGCCUCUGACCACCACCUACAUGAAGCAGAUGAAGCUGCAGUGUAUGGGCAACAACAAGGAUGACAGUUCAGUGAGCAGCGAGGAGGAGGCAGAGAUGAGCGAGCCCACAUGGCUAGCAGCUGAUCUGGGAGCAGCGUCUGACCUGAGCCCGCCGAGCCGAGGAGAGAGGAUGCGCCACAGCCCCCAGAACACGCACAGCAAGGAGGACGACGAGGAUUCAUCAUCAGAGAGCGGCAGUGGGAACGGCCUGCCCGCCCUGACUCCUCCCUCCUCCGCUGUAACGGACGGCGCCAUCGUCAGGGAAGCCGAGGUCAUCAAUGGCAACGGUGGCCCCGCCCCGCUGGACUUCAGCACGCCCACUUCCUCCUCGUCAUCGUCCGAGGACCAGCAGCCGAUGAACCUGAGCGACCCGCCCCCUCAGCGCCUGCCCCUGUCCACCUCUCACCUGCCCGUCACUGUGUCGGCGGCGGCGGCGGCGCUGCUCGGCGCUCUGCACCCCAACGCGCCCGAGGAGCUCCGCAGGAAGUACCCGCUGGCCGCCAAACCUCCUCUGGCUCCACACCCGGCCCUGCCGCUGCCGCACACACACGCCCUUCACACACAUAAUGCACACACUCCCAACACACACUCCCAGUCCCACACACACACCACUGAGCUGCGACUGGACCGAGACGGCAGGGACUAUGGGGGCAAGUCUCCUCAGUACAGUUCGGGCGGCAGCUACGACAGCGUGAAGAUGGACAUCAGUGCCGAGGAUCUGACCAUGGGGCGUCACGGCAGCCAGGUCGCCCCCGACGACGAUGACGACGACCACGACGACCACGACGACAACGACAAGAUCAACGACACGGAGGGAGUGGACCCCGAGAGACUAAAGGCCUUCAACAUGUUCGUGCGUCUGUUCGUGGACGAGAACCUGGACCGGAUGGUUCCCAUCUCCAAACAGCCCAAGGAGAAGAUCCAGGCCAUCAUCGAGUCCUGCAGCAGACAGUUCCCGGAGUUCCAGGAACGAGCCCGCAAGCGCAUCCGCACCUACCUCAAAUCCUGCCGACGCAUGAAGAAGAACGGCAUGGAGACACGUCCGACUCCGCCUCACCUCACCUCAGCCAUGGCCGAGAACAUCCUCGCCGCCGCCUGCGAGAACGAAUCACGCAACGCCGCGAAGAGGAUGCGCCUGGAAGCCUAUCACGAUGAUCAGAUCUCCAUGGACAAGCCGUCCAGCGGCGGCGGCGGUCUGAGGGAGCCGGCGUCCCUCGCUCACUCCGCCUACUCCCUGGCCGCGUCAGCCUUCUCCUCCCAGGACACCCAGCUCUACAUCAACGGAGCCGGACUCAGCUACGCCUACCGCGGGUACCCGGGCCUGGGCGCUGCCAUGCAACACCCCGUUUCCCUGACGACCGGCGCCGCCGCACAGAGCAACGGUCCAACAGACCUCAGCAUGAAGUCCCUCACCUCUGCCAACAUCAGUAACUCCUCCGCCUCCACCAACAACAGCCUGGGUGGACGGGGCAGCGGCGGCGGCGCGGGAGGGGGCGGGGCGUCGACCCAGCUCAGCCAACCGGAGAUCACGGCCGUGCGUCAGCUGAUCGCCGGCUACCGGGAGUCGGCCGCCUUCCUGCUGCGCUCGGCAGACGAGCUGGAGAACCUCAUCCUGCAGCAGAACUGAUGAGGGGGGGGAGAACACACACACACACACACACACACACACACACACACACACACACACACACAUUUCCCAGAAUGCUUGAUUUGUGCCCCGCCCCCACGUCUCUCCUGAACCUCCUCUGGUUUUUGCUCCCCUCUCUCCUUGAUCAUCUGCCUUCUCUUCGGAAACUGGGGCCACUUUUUUUUUUUUAAUACUUGGAGAUAAAAGUGGGACGGAGGGAGACGGAUCGCAUCCCGCCAUCCACACACCCCCGCCCCCCCCCCAGAAACCCCAAUCCAUCGACUCUCCCUGAGGAGGAGAACGAACAAAAGAAAAGAGCGUUUGGACUCUGGAGGAAUCUCUUCGUCUCCUCCUCACCUCACAAUCAGCACCACGCCUCCGAGCGAGGGAGUGUGGAAGGGAGGAGGAGGAGGAGGAGGAGGAGGAAGCGAAGAAGCUGCUGUGGUGUCAGAAAAAAAAGAAAAAAAAAAGACGUUGCCUCUUCGUGGAGCUCCGAUACGAGGAGCUCUGAUCGGCUCCUAACGAUUUAAAAAAAGAUAAUGAAUAAUAACGACUCCCUGAGUUAGUACUACUGAAGCUGUUUGAUUGAAACAUUUAAUUUGUCCUUUUUUGUGUCGGGAGUCCAGUUUUUAAUUUUAAAUUUUUUGUUCUUUGUGUUUUUUUUUUUGUUUUUUUUUUUUACUCUUCCCAAGUGACUGAAGGAAAGAAAAGUGGUUUGACUUCAAAGGAAAGCACUAAAGAGACUCUGAGUCCGGAGGGGCUGACGGGACGGAAACCUGGAACAGAAAAGACAUGAGAAAAAAAAAAGAAAAAAAAAAGGAGGAGAAACUUUUUUUUGUGUGCUCGCUUGUAUAUAAGCUCUCUGUGUCCUAUAGCACUUUCCCCUCACCUGAACACCUCCCCCAUCCUCCUCACCUCCCCCCUUUUUUUACCCAGGGAGCAACUUACGCUACUUAUGCAUCCAAGACGCCAUGUUGACCACCAGGAAAUACCUCAGAUCAGAGAUCAGACCUGCCAACGACACGUCCAGUUCCCCACACACACACACACACACACACACACACCACACACACACACACACACUCUGCAAGUGAAUGGUAACAUUCCCACCUGAAGCCAGUUUACUUCUUCUUUACCACCUGAUGUCUUCAAGGUUUAUAUAUAUUUUCGGGUGGGGGGGGUCGAGGGAGGGAAUCAAACCUUUUAUUGCGCAAAAAGACAAGAGACGAUGAAGCAUUUCAAGAACUGACGUUGUGAACUUUUCAAAAAAAAACACUUUAAAACUUUUUUUCUGUCAUCCGUGCGGGUUCAUUCGUGUGCUGCUGUAUAUAAUCAGUCCAUCUUGAAGAAAAAAGAAAAAAAAAGAACUUGAGGGGGAAUCAGAGUUUGACCGGAGCGUGUUUUCCUCCUCUUCUCUCUCCGGGAGGCAGAACUGUUCUCCCUGAACGAGGAGGGAGGUGUGUGUGUGUGUGUGUGUGUGUGUGUGAGUGAGUGUGAGUGUGUGUGUGCAUGUGUGUGUGCUGUCUUUUAAAGAAAAAGGAGGUUAAAUGUUGAUCAUUGGUGGCAAAUUUUACCUCCCGCUUCUACUUUUUACAAAAAUGUAGAUGUAACGCCAACGAAACCUCAGCAUCGUUCUGUUUUACACCCCCUCCCUCCCUUCUUCUUCUUCUUCUUCUGACUCUUCUGACUCUUCUUCUUCUGACUCUUCUUCUUCUUCUCUCCAUUGGACCUACUCUUCACCUCUUCUCCGUGGACCUAAACAUCCUCCUCUUCCUCCUCCCCUCCCUGGUCCGGUCCAGGUUUUCAGAGGAAGAGGAGGACUGCUCUGUCUUACUGUGUUUGUCUGUUAAACUCUGAGAUGGCCAUUACUAUUGUUAUUAUUGUUAUUAUUAUUAUUAUUACUAUGAUUAUAAUGAUGAACUGUCAUGUUGCUGCUGCUAUAUAAAAACCGGACCUUCUGCCAUAGACCUGAAACCUCAACAAAGCCGGGCGUUAGCUAGCCGCAGUGCCCCGAGAGAAACCCGACCGACCGACCGACCGACCGACCGAACGCAACGAAGCAAAAACAACACAAAGACUCACAGGAAGGACGACUCAGCGACGUCGUCGGCUCUCGUGUCUCUUCUCUCUCUCUCUCUCUCUGACUGGUUGGUUGGUUUCUUUGUUUUUGCUUCAUAGGGCUUGAUUCAUGUCGUGGUUCGUGACUCUCUAACUGUGAAUUCUAUCAACCGCAUUUUCUUUUCGUUUCCUCCGGAGGGUCGACUCAGAGAAGUGUUGCACCUCCACCGUCGUACUCGACAUCAGGCCAACAAGAACACACUGAAAGCUCAAGUUGUUGAAUAUCGUUGUUUUAUAAUCUGAUCUGUUUUUUUGUUGUUGUUGAUUUAAUCCAGAAGAGGCGGCACUAAGUUAAGUUUUCUGUACCAGACUCCUGGUUGCUCCUGUCGUCCUGUCCGGAGUCAAACCACAGGCUUUUUUUUUUAUUAAAGAAGAAGUUUGACAUUUUGAGAAAUUUGUUGUUUUCCCGCCGAGAGCAAGACGAAGAGACUGACAAGCUUUCAGAAGCCAGCACGGCUCUGUUCACAGGUAGAAUCCAGCAGGAAGUUUCUGCUCGACUUUUGAUUUAAACUAGUUUUUAAAAGGCAGAUGUUUUUCAGCCUUGGCAGAAGUCAGACGAGCUGUUUUGAGUCUUUGUGCUGAGCUAAGCUAACCGGCUGCUAGCUCCAGACUCCUACACCUUUAUAGACAGCUGAGAGAGGGGCGGAAACUUUUAAAAACUACUGUGCAGGUGAUUGGACGAACCAUCUGUCUGUCACCGUCCGGCUCAGGCUAACAUCAGCCAAUCAGAUCACCAGUAGGAGAGCGAGACCAGCAUCUUUUUCUGUCAAGGAAAUAAACUCUCCACUUCUGGUAGGACUGAUAGCAGCUAUGCUAACCGCUUGAGAAGCUUCUUGCUUCUCUCGCCGGUCGUCACGUUGAAACUAAACCUGUAGCCGCUGACAGUCGGUUCAACACCAGAGCCUGAAGCUCGUCUAGACGGAUUUAAGAGAUCACGUGAUCUUGUGAAUCCAGCAGCCUCGGCGAGAAAUCACAAAUCUCACCUCUGAAACUGUUGUGUUAGGAACUCUAGUUGUUCUAUUAUUAUUUUUGGGUUGGUUUUUUUUUGUUUAAAAAAAAGCCAAAUUGUCUGGAUGGAGUUGUUACCUGCCACUAACUGACUGGUUUUAACAUUUUGUAAGAAAAAAGGAGCCACGUGAUUCGUCCUCGUGCUCAGAAGUCGGUGUCGUCUCUCUGCUCGGCACCUGUAGAGGUGAAAAUGAACAAACGCUGACUUGUGAAAUCCUCCCGAGGCGUCGCUC